CACCACUCCUACACUACUCACAAGUAUAACAACACCGCCUUUAGUAACUUCAUCCCCAACUAACUAAAAUUUCCCGCCAAAGAAAAAGUCACAAUAAAACAAAACGCAAGGCGCAUAACAAGCGUGACUGAGUGAGCGAGAGUGUUCUUACUUCUUCUUACAACAAACAAACCAAAUGAAGAACGGAAAACGAACCGCUCUCUCAGAUCUCACAAAUUCAAGCCAUCUUUCAUCUUCAUCCGUUUCUUCAUCAGCCACCAUUGAACCAAUCAAGAAAAACCAAAUCAACAUUCGGAAAACCUGUUUAACUCCACUUCACGAUGUUAAGCCAUCAACCGUUCAUCGCACAAAGAACCAAAACAACACUGUAGCUCUUCCCACGACGUUAACAGUUCGAUGCAAAAAGAAACAACGCGUUGUGUCGAACGAACAAGAGGAUCUGGAGGAUUACAUUGAGAAACAGAAGGCGUAUUUUAAACAGAUUGAUGAAUAUGAACUCGAAGAAGAGGAGGUCGAAGAAUAUACUGAUGAGUGACUGAUCUAGUAUUUGAGUACUCGAAGCUAAUACGAUAAUGCAGUUAAUUGUUGAUGUUGAUAUAUAUAGUCUUCCGAAUUUGAGUUUUCUUAAUAGGUUUAGCGAAAAGUUGUUUAACACUAGCAAAUUGAUCUAGUUAGUAAAUUGAGACCUUAGAAACUGUUUCUUGUUUCAUAUAAGAGAAAUUCGCAAUUGGAUAUUUUAGUAUAUAUUCUUAUCUUACAGUUCAAACAUUGCAAUGAAUUUGCAUUGUUUUAUGAUUUACAUUUAUGGUUCCUUAUAUGAUAACUUGCCUAAUGACGAGAGAUCUUUAUUGGGCAUAAUUUUGGAAAUAUAGAUGGAUAAUUAUUACUCACUCA